AUGCGCAGCUCGCCAUAUUGCGCAGCAGGGCGUGAGGCGGCGCGUCGAGUCCGUCGCGGCUACAUUGUUUGUUUUCGUCGAGAGCGUUUUCUCCAUAUUGUUGAUAACACACCGAUCCAAAGUACGCCUAACGAGGGCUUCGCUCAAAUGAAGAUUUCUUCGGAUCUUUCGCGGCUUUAAAUCGCUGUAGAGAUCGGCGGGACGCGCUAGUCCGGAGUGUUUUACGCGCGGUAGCCGCUAACGAGAUCCACACCGCAGCCGCCAGAACCGGACCCGUACGGACGGAUUCGGUCACGGGAGACACAACGGGGGCCGUUUGGAUGGACCCUUCACUGGCGCCGGUGCUGCGCUGAACGAGUUUGAAACGGCACACGGGAGCCUCCCUGGGGCCCGUAACCAGCGCAGGAUGUCCAUCACGAACACGCCCACCAGUAACGACGCCUGCCUGAGCAUCGUGCACAGCCUGAUGUGUCACAGACAGGGCGGCGAGAGCGAGACCUUCGCCAAGCGGGCCAUCGAGAGUCUGGUGAAGAAACUGAAGGAGAAGAAAGACGAGCUGGAUUCGCUCAUCACCGCCAUCACCACCAACGGAGCUCAUCCCAGCAAAUGUGUGACCAUACAGAGAACACUAGACGGACGUCUGCAGGUGGCCGGCCGUAAAGGAUUUCCUCAUGUCAUUUAUGCACGGUUAUGGCGGUGGCCGGACCUUCAUAAGAACGAGCUGAAACACGUCAAGUACUGCCAGUUUGCCUUCGACCUGAAGUGUGACAGCGUGUGUGUGAACCCCUACCACUACGAGAGAGUCGUGUCUCCGGGAAUAGAUUUAUCUGGACUUACUCUGUCGGGCUCUGGUCCGUCGGGUCUGAUGGUGAAGGAUGAGUACGAUUAUGAAGGGCAGCAGUCUCUGCCCAGCUCUGAGGGACACAUGCAGACGAUUCAGCACCCUCCCUCUCGAGCGGUGGCCCCGGAGCCCUUCAACACGCCCGCCAUGCUCCCGCCAGCAGAGGGCAGCGGCUCGGCCUCCACCUCCGCCUUCUCCAGCAUCGCCGUGGGAUCCACAACUCAGCCCAAUAGCGUUCUCUCAGGAAGUCACAGCAGCGAUGGUCUGCUGCAGAUUGCCUCUGGGACGGGGCAGGGCUCACAGCAGAACGGCUUCCCGCCCGGCCAGCCCUCCACGUACCACCACAACGCCACCUCCACCUGGACCAGGAACAGCAGCUUCACGCCCAGCGUGCCUCACCAUCAGAACGGACACCUCCAGCAUCACACACCCAUGACCCAUCCGGCACACUUCUGGCCCGUUCACAAUGAAAUCGCGUUUCAGCCGCCGAUCUCCAACCACCCCGCUCCGGAGUACUGGUGCUCCAUCGCUUACUUCGAAAUGGACGUCCAAGUGGGCGAGACUUUUAAGGUCCCCUCCUCCUGUCCCGUCGUGACCGUGGACGGCUACGUGGAUCCGUCCGGAGGAGACCGCUUCUGCCUCGGACAGCUCAGCAACGUCCACCGGACGGAGGCCAUCGAGAGGGCGAGGCUGCACAUCGGGAAGGGCGUCCAGCUGGAAUGCAAAGGCGAGGGCGAUGUUUGGGUCCGGUGUCUGAGCGAUCACGCCGUCUUCGUCCAGAGCUACUACCUGGAUCGAGAAGCCGGCCGCGCUCCGGGAGACGCCGUGCACAAGAUUUACCCCAGCGCCUACAUCAAGGUGUUUGAUCUGCGUCAGUGUCACAGACAGAUGCAGCAGCAGGCGGCGACGGCUCAAGCGGCGGCGGCCGCUCAGGCGGCAGCGGUGGCCGGAAACAUCCCGGGCCCCGGGUCCGUCGGGGGAAUCGCUCCGGCUAUCAGUCUGUCGGCGGCUGGCAUCGGUGUGGACGACCUCCGCCGCCUCUGUAUCCUGCGCAUGAGUUUCGUCAAGGGCUGGGGUCCUGAUUAUCCUCGACAGAGCAUCAAAGAGACGCCGUGCUGGAUCGAGAUCCACCUGCACCGCGCUCUGCAGCUGCUGGACGAGGUGCUGCACACCAUGCCCAUCGCCGACCCCACGCCGCUCGACUGAGAUCCACACGGCUGCAGUCGCUUCUACGCUUUCCUCCUCGUACCGUUCAGACCUCCGGGAGCGCAGGACCCCGUCUCGUGUGUAUAUCUAUAUGCAAACGUGUUCUGCACGAAGACGACGCGCGGCCGCCAGCUCCACGGAGGUGCAUGCUGGGAGCGGGUCGAGCCUUCAAGAGCUGUUCGAAUGAAUCCGUUCGCUUCAUGCCGUUGCUUCGCUAGCUGGUAGAACCUCCUUGUUUUGUCUUUUGCUUCUCUCAGGCCGAGCGUUUCCGAGGUCUGGAAGUACGGCGGAAAUCAUGUAGCAUUUCUUUUCUCUUGAGUUGUGGUGUUUGGGUUGAAGCGGUUCAUGGUGCAUGUACAGAAGACACGUUUUCUUUAGCUUCUCGCUAGCGGCUAAUUGGCUCUACUUUUUUAUUUGUACUUUUUUUUUUUUCUCACGCUUCUCUCUGUGCACCGCUAACAUAAUCAUAGCAGGACGUAUUAACGGUUAGCCUGAGCUCAUACACGCGCGAGCAAUAACAGCUAAGCUUUUUCUUUUUUCUUUUAGCCACGUACGUGUUCUAGCACUUUACGCAUGUUUUGUUUUUCUUCCCAUUUUUCAGUUUCUCUUCUUUGCAGCCUGUGAGUAAAAAUGUUUGGUUUCGUGGAACGGUUGGCCCAAAAUUGAAACAAAUGUACACCCCUCAGAUCAGAUGAGUUUUUCUGUCGUGUGCAGUGAAUGGGUGCCGUCAGAGAGUCCUUCACAGUAAUCCACAGCGCUCCAGUCCAUCAUUUACAUCUCUUGUUUUCUCCAGAUGUAAAGCUUAGAGCUGUUUUGCUCUGCUUGAUCUGUGCCGAUUUCUCCUGAAUUAUUAUGGACUCAUAUUGAAGUUAAAAAGUUUCAGCUUUUGCUUUUUUUCACCCAUUCACAUGCAUUCAGUUCGCGACAUCGCCGGCACCCAUUCAUAUCUAUUUAAAACACAACAUCACUGCCAUCCAUUCAGUACAUGACCGGCACCCAUUCACAUCCAUUCAGUACACGACAUCGCCGGCACCCGUUCACAUCUAUUCAAAACACAACAUCACCGGCAUCCAUUCAAUACGUCACCGGCACCCAUUCACAUCCAUUCAAUACAUGACCGGCACCCAUUCAAAUCCAUUCAAUACAUGACCGGCACCCAUUCACAUCUAUUCAAAACACAACAUCGCCGGCACCCAUUCACAUCCAUUCAAUACAUGACCGGCACCCAUUCAGUACACAACAUCGCCGGCACCCAUUCACAUGUAUUCAAAACACAUCACCGGCAUCCAUUCACAUCCAUUCAGUACACAACAUCACCGGCGCCCAUUCAAUACAUGACCGGCACCCAUUCACAUCCAUUGCUGACUCCCUGAUGCAAUGCCACGUUUCUACAAAUCUAACGAAGAAACAAACUCUUGAAUAAACUGAGGAAAUGUUCCUUUUCAGGUGAACCGUUUAAUGUGUUUUACAGCUGAUCUCCUGGUCAAAGGUCAUAAGGGCUCUAAAGAUCCUUUUACAAGAAACUGAUGAAUUAACACUUUUAUACCAUUAAUCUGUUUUUUAGAGCUCACGUCACGUUCCCUCCGAUGCCCGAGAAUAUCAGUUAUUCAUCUAAUAAACGGUGGUCAUGUUUUGAUACGAGAUGAACUGGAACGGUGCUUUUUGAUGUGAACACUGAAAGCCAUAAGACAUGAACAUUACAGGAAGAUGUCAGUAUUAUUCAGAACUGCUUUUUCUUCCUCUGGAGACGAUGGAGUCUGGGAGAGAGUUCAGAUUCUGUCCAGCCUGAUUUCUAUCUGUUGUGAAUGAGAAGAGAGCGCUUGUCAAAGCAUUUCCUCCAAUAGCUCGUACUUUUAGCAGUUUAUCAAAUACAGUAUAAUACUACA